GUCUGGCCAGGAGCAGUUUUCUUUCAAAAACAAUUUCAAAAAGUGCUUGCAUCUCUCAAAUACGUUUGCUGAGCAUGGCUUUGAAAUACCUCAAUCAAGUUGAAGCACAAAAUAUUGACCAAGAGCUCUUCAAUGAGUAUAGGUUCAGCGUGGAUCAACUGAUGGAAUUGGCAGGUUUAAGUGUUGCCACUGCUGUAGCAAAGAGGUAUGCACUGGAAGAUAACAAAAACAAAGUUUUAAUUUGCUGUGGCCCAGGAAACAAUGGCGGAGAUGGUUUAGUGGCAGCAAGGCACCUGAAAUUGUUUGGAUUUGAUCCAGCUAUAGUUUACCCAAAACGCUCCUCCAAAGAACUUUUCACGAACCUGACUACACAGUGUGAGCGUAUGGACAUUCCAUUCCUGACAGAGAUGCCAACAAAGCCACAAAUAGAUGGGACAUACAAGCUUAUAGUUGAUGCAAUAUUUGGGUUUAGUUUCAAAGGGAAUAUAAGGUCACCCUUUGAUACUGUGAUUGAAACAAUCAAAAAUGUCAAUGUUCCAAUAUGCUCUGUGGAUGUGCCAUCAGGCUGGGAUGUAGAGAAAGGCAACCCAGAUGGCAUUAAACCUGAUACCCUGGUGUCCUUGACAGCUCCAAAACUUUGUGCCAAUUUAUUCAAUGGAUGCCAUUAUCUUGGAGGUAGAUUUGUUCCUCAAUCAUUGGCUGAGAAGUAUCAACUGAAUCUACCUGAGUAUCCUGGUACUGAAUGCUGUGUUUUGCUUAACAAUGAACAUGCUUCACAAAUAUGACUCCAGCCAUCUUUCUGUCACAGAUUAUGAGCUUGGAUUCAAAAGCAUUGGAGUCAAAAUUUGAUUGGCUAAAAGAUCUCACCGUUUGUAUUUCCUCCCAACGAUUUUGGCCAAUGACCACACAGACUUCUAUCUUUUCUAAACAGUAUUGACCAAUCAGAACACAGAGAAUUCUGACAACAAACACCAUUCACUGCUAUUUUAGGCCUUUUUGACUGUUUAAGAAUGUUUUGCCCAGACUAUCUGCGAAAAGUAUUUCAUGUCUCUAAAAAGCAAAUUUCUGACUGACUUUUCAUCCAGUUUAUCAUCUUUCAUUGCUAUUUAGUUUAAAUUGGUGUAACUGGGUGGUAUUUAAGACAGAAUAUUGCCUUCACACCAUCAAAGCUAGUCCAUAGUCAAACAUGAAGUGUUUUGAAACUGCCUGAAAUUUAAUUUGAAAAAGGGCUCUGCAAUUGAAACUUUUUGCCAUUUUUCGACAGAAUCAUACAAGAUUUUGGUAGCUAUUGUAGUGAGACAUGCUUAAACGGUCAAAAUGGGCCAAUUUUUAGUUGCAACACAAUUUUUUGUCAGAAUCCUUUGUGCAGAUUGGCCAAUACCACCAAAGGAAAAAAACAAGUUUUUAGAUCUCCAAGCCAAUCAAGAUUUGCCAUGCUGAUUUCAGAUGCUUUCUUGUUUUUCCCCAAAUGGAUCUAAGAAAACUUUCUUACCCAAUUGGAAAAGCUUUGUAAAUGAUAAAUCCCAUACACAAUUAGAGUAAAAUGCACCCUAUCCACAUCUUUUUAUUUAUUCCAUUUAGGAACGUUGAUCGAAAUUUGAUAUUUUUUGAUAAAAAUCCUGGAAUAGACGUUGCCUGAAUUAAAAACUUUGUAGCAAGUGCCCUGAAAUAGAAACUAUUUCUCUCAGAUUUAGGAAAAAGUUGAAUGUAUAAUCAAAUAAAUAAAAGAUUAUAGAAAAUAAAUCAAACUUUGCUAAAAUCUUGUUUCAACAAACUUUAAUACGAAGAUUGCACAUUUCUAUGGACAAAUGCUGCACAAUCUUGACUCGAAGUUGUGGCAUUUCGUUGUUUUCCUUAUAAUUUCAAUGUUGUGAAAAAUUUAUCAUAGUUUGAAAAUGUCUAAAAUGAUUCAAAUUUGUAAAAAAAAUAUUCUCCCUAUCGCACUUUUUAUCUAAGCGUUUUUUCUCUAGAUUCUGUCGAUAGACUACAUCAUUCAUGAACGAAAAUUUUGAAUCAAUAAUGCCAUUCCUUUUCCGUCUAGUGAAGAAGCAAUUAAUUGUUAGUUAUGAUUGGAAUUAAGAUUUCGAUUGUAGAUGCUUUUAACGACAAAGACAGGGAGUAGCCCUGUACUUUACUUAUAAAUUUCCUCAGUGAUAAGGCCACAAAAUCUAUUUUGAAUUUCUUUGGUAUUUUGGAUCCCAUAACCUGAACGAACAUCAAGAUAUAUUUGUUAACCUUCGGAAUCAGCUAAAGGUAUCAAAAAUUGGCUGAUACAGCCACGAAAGCAAUGGCUGUUUCUCCAUUAUAUCUCUGUUACUCGGCUCUGUUCUUAACUUUGUGCACGAAGCCAAAAUGUCAGUGAUCGGUUAGCAAUCUUUCAUUUGCCGUAGCUAACCCAACUAAUUGCUUAUCUAACCUAUUUUUCGUAGCUGUUUCAUGGUGUUCAUUAAGGUUAUGCGGUCCAAUGUCAAAGAUUUUAAAAAUACAUUUUAUAUGACGUCACACUUCCGAACUCCAUUUCCCAUUCUUAUUGCUUGCCCGCCAAUCACUGACAGAACACCAACACCUGCACAUCCACAGAUGCUUACAAAUUCUGUGAUCCGGUCAACAAUGCAUUGAGUGUUAUAAGUAUUAGAUCUUGUAUAGUAUCUUGCCUAUCCCCCGUUCAAAAUUGGUUAUCAAUAUCUAAAGGAGUAGAUAGCUGCAUUGAACUGGGGGGGGGGUGCCAAAUGUCAACAGUCUGUCUAUUCAUUGUAGUUUUGAAAUCUCGUGCUGUAUUAUGUAGCAACUUUGUUAUUAGCUAAUUUGUAAUGCUUUUGUUUGUUACAACAAAAUAUUUGCUGCUGAAACAAUCUCUUUUCAGUUUAACUGCAAACUGGCAAAAAUAUAACGGAAUAAUGA